AUGCCCAGACCACGCAGAGAAGCUCCCGCAACCUCAGAGCGAAAGCGAAGAGCUUUGUCCAGCGAUGAAGCUGAGCAAUCCAGUUCCUCCAAACGGGCAAAGGAGCCGGGGUCGGAGCCAGUCGAGACGUCCGGGGAUGAAGAGGAGCAAGCUGCUCCUCCAACGUCACUUCAACAGGCGCAGGCACAAGUCCUAACUCCAUAUCCCAAUAUGGGAAUAGGAAUGGGUUUCAAUCCCCUUUCCAACGAUUUACCUGGGGACUUUAGACUCAGCCCCUUUCCGAAUUCAUCGCUGUUUUUAAAAAAAGGUCCCACCACAGACCCCGACCCUGAGCCUUUUGUACCGUUCAAUUCCGGGGGUCCAGGUACAGAAACACCGGUUCAAGGCGAAAAAAUCGAGCUCCCAGGUACGAGAGGGCCUUUGACAGAUCCGACUGUUGGCAGAGACAUCAUUCUCGAACGAUUGGAUUUGGAUGUCUCAUACGUGGAGCUCUACAAGCGCGGUGCACGGAAACCAACAAGACCCCAGAGGCAGCCAAGAUGGCAACACCCAGGGGAUGAGCCUCUAGUUGAUCCCCUGAAGUUUCCGACUGGAUGGAACUCUAAUGAGCCUGAUCUUGAUCCUGACGAUUACGAUGCGCAGAUCGCUCGAUGUGAUGAGAGAAUUCAGGACAACAUCAACCCUCACUUCUUUGAGGUGAGAAAGAGAGAGUACAUGGACGUGAAGCAUGCUGUUGAGAAAUGGAUGCAAGGCGAGCCCAAGAGUCUCAGCAGAGCCACCUACGAGCGACUUGAUACACUCAAGUUUAUCAAGAAAGCAAUUGAUGGGGGCCAUGAUCCUCUCGCGGAGAAGGAAAAUGUGGAUGCCAUUCUCAACGCUUACCGAACAGGUAAGCUUGAGUGGAUUCCGGAUCUUGUUACCUACUGGUCCAAUGGGAAACAGCUCUGUGAGCCUCGUCGAUUUGAUUGGGACGAGUUUGAAGUCAUCAACAAGGCUAAUUCUGGCCACAAGUCAUUCUGGGUUGAAGGCUACAAGUUCCAUGUUCGAUUCCCAGGCUACAGAUACUACUCGGAACUCGAGUUCCUCCACGACACCGGGGCAAGCGACAUGAGUAUUUUUGAAGACGAUAUUCAAGGAAUCAUGGGGCCAGGUGGGUAUGAUUUCCCAUUCCUCAAGGUCGCAGGCUACGUCAAAAUAACAGGUGCGGGCCACGAAGAAACGCCACUCAACACUACUAUUGUUCCUUUGGUCGCCAUCGAGGCCACUAUUGUAACCGAGGAGGAAGAUCCAGCAAAGGAGCGCCUGCGCAUGACACUGUGGACUCGGGCAUGGACAACCGUGAACAAAGGCCGCGCGAACCUGUCUCUUGGAAAUUACAGAGUCGACGGCCCUUGGCUGCGUCAUCGCUUGUACAUGGGAUCUGCGCCAGAUGGGACUGACCAGAUACAUGCCGCUAAUUUUAAGGGUGAUCUUGCCUUGAAGAGAGUUCAUCCGAGGAAUACACCGGGCUUGGUUAAUGAUCCUCCGCCAAUUCUCCCUACGCCAGGAACCUUUAUUUCUGUCACGGGAAGACGUGAUAAAGUGCCGUUGCCAAACUUGGGUUCUGUCAAGCGAUUCGGAAGGCCUGUCUUCACUGAUGUUUAG